CGUGUCCGUGCGUGCGCGGGCCCCCGGCGGAGGCGGAGGCGGAGGCCGGGCUGGGCGGCGGAAGAUGGCGAGGGUGUGUAGGCGGCAGCAAUGCUCCGUUGAGAGACGCGGCUUUCGGCAGGAACUGGACUCGUGGCGCCAUAAGCUCAUUCACUGUGUAGGGUUUGAAAGUAUUCUUGAAGGGCUGUUUGGACCUGGACUAUUGAAAGACGUCAGUUUUUUUAAAGACUGUGAGCCCGAAGGUAUUUCUGAUUGGUCUUUUGAUGAAAAUUGUCUAUUUUGCUGCUUAAGAAGAGAAAAAGUAAAGGAACAUAUAGUCGGUCUGGAUGAACCAGCUUCAGGAGCUGGGCAAGAGCAAGCGAAGAUCAUUCGGUUCGAGAGGCAAGCCGAAGAGUUCCUCAAUGCAGUCUUUUACCGAAAAGACAGUCCCCGGGUCCUCGACCCCAAUAUUCCCCUAGUGGCCCGUGAGAUCAUGCAGCGAAUGAUCCGACAAUUUGCUGCUGAAUAUACCUCAAAAAAUAGCUCUACUCAGGACCCCAGCCAGCCCAAUAGCACAAAGAACCAAAGCCUGCCGAAAGCAUCUCCAGUCGCCAUCUCUCCCACGGCUGCAACUGCUCAGAACCCCGUGCUCAGCAAGCUUCUCAUGGCUGACCAAGACUCGCCUCUGGACCUUACUGUCAGAAAGUCUCAGUCAGAAGCUAGCGAACAAGACGGUGUACUUGAUCUGUCCACUAAGAAAAGUCCAUGUGCCGGCAGCACUUCCCUGAGCCAUUCUCCAGGCUGCUCCAGUACUCAAGGGAACGGGCGACCUGGGAGACCCAGCCAGCACCGUCCAGACGGACUUCGGAGUGGUGAUGGGGUACCUCCAAGAAGCUUGCAGGAUGGAACCAGGGAAGGUUAUGGCCAUUCCACAUCUCUUAAAGUUCCUCUGGCUCGAUCCCUGCAGAUUAGCGAAGAACUGCUGAGCAGAAACCAGUUCUCCACAGCCACCAGCCUUGGGCCAUCUGGACUGCAGAAUCAUGGACAGCACUUAAUAUUAUCCAGGGAGGCCUCGUGGGCAAAGCCACACUACGAGUUCAGUUUCGGCCGCAUGAAAUUCAGGGGAAACGGGGCCCUCGGCAACAUCAGUGACCUCCCCUUUCUCAAUGAAAACUCCGCCUUUCCCAAAAUGGCCCCGCAGACUAAACCGGAGGGGAAAAAGGACGUGAGCCAUUCGUCGCCUGUCGAUUUAAAGAUACCCCAAGUCCGAGGCAUGGACCUUUCAUGGGAGUCCCGCACGGGGGACCAGUACAGCUACAGCUCUUUGGUCAUGGGUUCACAAACGGAGAGCGCGCUUAGUAAAAAGUUAAGGGCUAUCCUUCCAAAACAAAACCGAAGAAGCUUGCUGGAUGCCGGACCGGAUCCUUGGGGCUCGGACGCCGAGCAGUCUACCUCGGGACAGCCAUAUCCCACUUCGGAUCAAGAAGGAGACCCGGGCUCCAAGCAGCCUCGGAAGAAAAGAGGGAGAUACAGGCAGUACAACAGUGAGAUCCUGGAGGAAGCAAUCUCGUGGAUGACAAUCGAGCAGCAGAAGAAUGGUGUGCCUACCCUUUAAUGCUGCAGUUUAAAAAGAGAACUUGUAUUGUGUCAUUUCAGACUGUAGGCUAAGAAUUGUAAAUAGUGAAAUUUGAGUAAUUUUAUUAUUUGCUUUGGUUAGAAAGUGAAUUUUAAAAAGCAAACCAAACGCUAAACUUUCUCAGAUUAAACGUCCUGAGACCUGAAGAUUGUAGUAUUCAUGUCUGUGAAGCUUUUAAACCAUUACACUUGAGAUCAGUGACAGAGUAAAUAUUCAGGUAACCUAUCCUUUCAGAGAAGCUUUUGAACAAGCAUAUUUCCUCCAAAGGUCUCUGUGUUUUGGAUUUUUUUUUUUAAGUGUAGAUUAUUUUAAGCACUAAUUGCAUUACUUUGGUAACUGCAAUAUAAAAUAGCCAUUAUUGUUUUGUGAAGCAUGGUGGAGAUUAGUUAGUGGUCCCUUUAAAUUUCAUGAGCCUCUCAAAAAAACAAAAAACAAAAAAAGCUGCUGAAUAUUUCAAAAGAUAUAUAUUUUACCUUAUUGUAGAUUUUGUAAAGUUAGUUGGUAAUAUUCCGGUGCACUUUUUAAUGUUAAAUUUUGUUUUAAAAGUCUCAUCGUACCAUUUCUCCGAGAUGGUCCAUCAUAUGGCCGGCUAACAAUCUAGGUGCUGCGGCGAUCCCUAAACGUUUGAUCUCUCUUUGGUUUCUCCUUCUGUUCUUUAUGAGCGCUCUCGGUGUCGAUGGUCUAGUAGUAUUUGGGGUCAUCUUGAGUAUUUAAUUGGAGUUGGUGUUUGUGGAGUAGCAUGCCUAAUUUCUGCCGACCAGAGGUUUGUGUGGCUCGGAUUCCCAGUCGACCUGUUUGUUUUUACUUUUGGCGUUGGGGCGGUGUAGUGCAGUACUGUCUUUGGAACAAAAGUGUUAAGUUCUCACGUCUCUCCAGGAUGAUGAUGCUGAAGUUACUUGGACUGGCUGGUCAGGAGGUAGUGUUCAGGUCUUACCUCCUCUUGGGUUUUGUUUUGUUUUGUUUUUUUGGUUUGGUUUUGGGGGCCUUUUUUUGGUCAUUUUUCGUGAGGGAACAUCGAUAACAAAAUGGACAAAUUGCAACGUUGUAGAAAAACCAAAAUGAUGAGUCUGGUGGAAGAAUUUCUCUGGUAUUUUUAGUCACACGGUUUCUCACUCUUGAUAGUCAGACCCGGCAGUAAUAUGGAAUAUGAGCAUGACACAGCAUUUGGAAGGGAAGAGCCAGGGACUGUGAAAAACGUUAACGAUGGAUCGCAAAAAGCAGUUUUUCAAUAUCUCAAGUUUCUCACGGAAGCAAUUUUCCUCUUCAUUCAUUCUGGAAAAAAAGCAUUCCAUAGUCCACGUGGAUAACAAUACUUUUAAUUAAGAAAUUUACUAUACUGAAGUUUAGAUGUUGCUUGGUAAAUCUUUGCAGCAGCAUAUCACGAAUUAUGAUUAAGGCGUAGUGUGGUAGGGUUUCCGAGGUGGAGUUAAAUUAAUGUACAGUUUUGGUGAGCAAACAACAUAUGUGAAGUGUAGCUGGUUUGUUUUACUUUAAAAUGUUCAAGUGCUUUUUAAAAAUCUCGUUAGCUAGUACACAGACCAUUACUUCACAUUCAACCAAACGGACACCCCCAUUCCCAGACAACUUUCCUGGGACAAAACACAAUCUCAGAGUGGCGGAGCAUUCACUGUAUAGGCAUCUAAAGGGUGCUUGGAAGUUAAUUUUUUUUGGGGGGGGGGAAGAACACCACGCCACGCUUUACAGCGACAACCCUUAAAGACCCCGUGUUGCCAGCCACCUCCUCUUCCAUUGAGAGAAGCUGGAUGUAAGCCCCCGUUUGACACACCGUGCUCCUCUUAUACCCAGUGGGAAUUAUCGGAGGCAAGGAGCCCCCAUUCGCUCUCUUUGGGAAUUUAGCACACUGAGCACCCGUGCUCUUGACCCUGGGGCCAAAGCCUUUAUGACUGAUCCAGUCAUAAGCCAGACUCUGAUGGGUUAUGUCUGUACUAUCAGAUUACCAGAUUAAGUCUCUGCAACAAGCAAGGAACACACACACACACAAACACACAUACACACACACAUAUAUAUAUAUAUGUAGAGAGGGAGCUCCAGUUAUUAGGCCACUAUCCUUGCCAGCCACUCUUUGUCCUAAGUCUCAAUUUUGGUACCAAGUCACCUUAGCAUUGGGGUUCCUUUUCCCUCUCGAAAUGCCAGAUAUGCCACAGCGCUUUUCGUGGGAGGGGAACCUUCCAUCUCUUCUUCCCUCAGGCUACUGUCUUGGUGUUGGAAAAUGACAGGGGAAAGCGAUGCUCCUUAAAAGAUAUUUGGUAUUGGUUUGUCAAGGCAGAUGUAUUAAAAAAGGAACCAGUCGAAUCUUCAUUCAGGAAUAUCCUGGAGCCUGUUUUCCUUAUCUCUCCCCAAAUUGGGGCUUUGCGGAAAUGCUUCUAGCUUGGUCAGUGUUGUGAAAGGCAUUUUGGUCUCAGCAGAACAAUCCACUUGUCAAGAGGUUACUGAACUCCAUUUAGGCCAGAGAAACAUUUUCGUUCCUUUCAGAUUGCUUUUCAAACUCCGCCAAGUAGGAUAAAUAUCUCCGUGGUGCAAGGAAUGCAAAUUCCAAACCCUUCUGCUCAGUGUAUUUAGGAUUAAGUCUGUCUUGGAGAUUUUUUUGAGAGCAGAAUAUGUGAAUAUGGCAAUUGAUAUGGAGGUAGGAAGGGAGAAAUUCAGUGAAAUUGAUUCUUGUCCUUUUUCUCUCCAUAGGUAGUUUUACAUUAAUUAGCCUUUUUUUUAAAAAAAAAAAAAGAAGACAAAUACCCUGUAGGGUAACAGAGCUGUGAACUGAAAUGAAGGAGAUUUGGUGUGGGGUUGGGAUUGGAGUCUGAGAGGGGAGUAAAAAAAAGUAUUUAGACUUUUAAGAGGGGAAGAAGCAUUAAAUGAUUUUGUCUGAAAACUCUUGAAAUAGUAAGUGGGUAUGGAAUGGUGUGGUUGAGCCACCUCUCUUCUCUGGAGUAAAAAAAAAAAGCUCUAGCCUUUUUAGAGCCAUUUGAGGAAAGGUAUCUAGACUUAUUAGCUAGAGUUGGCAAAAAUCGCAGUAUACAAGUUAUGUACAGAUUAUUGACUCUGGAACUAUUUGGGGGUACUUUAAGGUUUCUGGGUUGCUUUAGAAUUUUACUUUGAAAAUCAAGGGGUUUUUUUUUUCAGAACCCUAAAAGUAAAAGCACUUUUAGUUGAAAUCACAAUUUAAAUGGGAUGUAUCAAAUCUCGUAAUCGCCAUGAUAUUUCCUUUUUGUUAUUUGAUUGUUAAUUAAAUUCUUCACCCUGUCUUGAAGAGUCACUAAAUAGACUCAAAGUGAUCUAUUUUAGACUGGAAAUGACCCUAUCAAAACACACAAACCAAAAACCCCAAAGCAGUUAGACCCAAUCAAAAAUUCAGACCUUUUAGGCUCUUAGGUUUGUUUGGGGCAAAGACUUUAUGGAACUAUACCAGUAUUAGUUCAGUCUUGGGGUCCUUAUUCUGCAUAAUUGCACCCUUUCUCAGGUAUUUUCCUGAUAACACUACUUUUAGAAUAAUCUCUUUAGAGGUUAGUGUCUCAGUGGAUAGAAUGGGGACUGGACAUAGGAGAUGAGCAUAUAAUUAGAACAGAGAAUAAAGCCGUCAGCUAAAUGAAACUACAAUCUAGACUCUUUUCCUGCACCUCAGAAUAUUGGAGAACACCACUACCAAUCAGUUGUGUAUGUUUAAUAUUUGGUGCUAAACUUAUAUUUUCCAAAAAAAAAAAAGGCUUUCUUCAUAGAUGGUGUAUUUUUUCUUUCUUGGUGGAAACCUGCGCAGUAAUCUGUAUUGUCAUUCUGGAAAGCACUUGUCUGGCGUGGUUUAAAGUACCAGAAAAGGGACGAUUCAGCACUUUUUCUGUUACAACACUGAAGUCUUACUUUUAAUCUCAUCUUCAGAGUGUAAGGUACAGUACUGUAAAUCACAGCUUAAUAUUUUUAAAAACUAAACAAAGCCCACCACCGUUCAACUCCAGGGGGUCAGAAUCCGGAUUUAUAUGAGUCUUUUGUCAUUUAAAAUCAAAGACAAUAACAUUUUGUAACUUCCGGGCAGCUUCUAAGAGUAUGCCUGCUCUUUUAAAGUCUCAUUUCAACACAGAGUUUCAGGGCUUAAGGAUUUGAUAUUUGAGAGGAGGUGAGGGGGAGAUUCCCCCAAAA